AUGAUAAGGAUAUUCCUGGGAGCCUUUGCAGUCCUUGGCAUGCAGGCGAAGGAGAAGUCUUCGUCACAAUUCCCCAUUGACCUUGGCGUCAGUCUCAUAUUCCCUCGGCCAAAUGAGACGUACCGUCCCGUGUACCCUUUUCCUAUCGUGUUUGCCCUUACUGGAGCUGCCAAGGCCUGGCCUUAUGGCUUCAAGUUCCAGUGGAGGUUGGAAGGCAAUUGGACAACUCCCAUGAAGAAAGAGGAUGUGCCUAUUGACCAUGGAUCAGCUCCGGAUUGGCUUUACAGUUCAGGGUCGCUUGAUCCAGCAACAGAACCAUAUUUUGUGGUCAACGCUACAGACAUCAUGUCCAACACUUCUUAUAAGGAGUGGGAGCUUGGAUGGAGUUUAUCAGUUCUCCAAGAGUGCUCCCCUGGACCUGAGCGAUAUUGGAAGUACGGGUCUAUCAACUUCUCGAUAUCAUCUGCCGGCUCGCUCCCCACUUACAAGCCCAAAGGGCGCUGCCCCCUCGAGAUCCAGCACACUCGGUUUUUGGAUAACAGAACAACAUCAAAAGAGGUAGUUGAGGAUAGGAGAUCUGAAAGUUGCGUGAUGGUCACUGAUCAGGAAGGACAAGGCGAUCCGUGUAGCAUUGACACUGGUCAUGAGCUGGCAGCCAUGGUUCGUGGUGAGAUGCUCAGGUACGCAGGAUGCCCGGAAAAUCAGUCAUGGCCCGAUGACAAGAAUUUACUGGGUCCAGACUCUUGCCGACGUCUGUAUCCGGGUUCCAAGGACGCCGAGGAUGUGGCAAAUCUGAUGUUACCCGCCGCUCUGACUGCUGUGGUGAUAUGGGCUGCUGUUGUUGCUUUCUUCGCUAUGUAA